AGGGCAGCCAGCGGUCGCUCGUUCUUCGCCGACUCCUCCUAGUUGCUCUUCUCUUGCCGCCGCGUGCCCGCAGCCGCCUGCCCGAAGAAAACAACGAAAAACAAGAGCGGAUACCUGUGCCCCAACAUCGACACCUGUAGGCCAUACCGAGCGUGCUUGCAGGCCACGUGCGACGCCCGAUGCCGUGAGCGACGGCCCCCGUACCCGGCGUCGAGUUCUGUGCCACGGUGUGAGGUUGUGAGCCGGUGUCGGGCUCCCAGGCCCUAGGCCUAACGAGCCUCUGCGGAGAUGGGGGACGCCGAAGGCUCGUCCGAGCAGGAUGACAUCUCCUUCCUGCGAACGGACGACAUGGUGUGCCUGCAGUGCAUCGCCACCGGCACGCGGGUCUGCCUGGCGGCGGAGGGCUUCGGCAAUCGCCACUGCUACCUGGAGAACAUCGCCGACAAGAACUUCCCUCCGGAGAUGCUGUCCUGCGUGCUGGUCCUCGAGCAGGCGCUGUCCGUUCGCGCCCUCCAGGAGAUGGUCACAGCCGCAAACUCCGACACGGGCAAAGGCACCCAAUCCGGCCACCGAACCCUCCUCUAUGGACACGCAGUGCUGCUCAGGCAUCAAAACAGCAACAUGUACCUGGCCUGUCUUUCAAGCAGCUCGUACAACGACAAGCUCGCCUUUGACGUGGGGCUCCAAGAUCAUUCGCAGGGGGAAGCGUGCUGGUGGACCAUCCACCCGGCGUCCAAGCAGAGAUCCGAGGGCGAAAAGGUGCGGGUCGGAGAUGACCUCAUCCUCGUCAGCGUGGCCACGGAGCGCUACCUGCAUACAGCUAAAGAAGGCGACAACGCUAUCGUCAACGCCAGUUUCCACCUAACCCACUGGUCUGUUGCGCCGUUCGGGACCGGCGCUAGCAGGACGAAGAACGUCGGGUAUGUGUUCGGAGGAGAGGUGCUUCGGUUUUUCCACGGAGGCGACGAGUGCCUCACCAUUCCACCAACAUGGGGACAGGACCCGAGCCAGAACAUCAUCGUGUACGAGGGCGGCGCCGUGCUCAAUCAAGCCCGCUCGCUCUGGAGGCUGGAGCUCGUGCGCACCAAGUGGGCAGGCGGCUUCGUGAACUGGGGCUACCCACUGCGGAUUCACCACAUCACCACGGGGCAGUAUUUGGCUUUCGGUGAAAACCGGGAGGUGUGCCUGGUGCCGCGCCAGAAGGCCACCGUGGCCGCCACAGCGUUCUGCCUCCGACAGACCAAGGACGACAAGAAAGUGGUGCUGGACGAGAAGGAGGAAGAGGUGCUAGGCUCGCCCCUCGUCAAGUACGGCGACACAACCGUCUUCCUGCAGCACCUAGAGACUGGGCUGUGGCUCUCAUACAAGACCUACGAGACGAAAAAGAGGGGCGUGGGCAAAGUGGAAGAAAAACAGGCAAUCAUGUCCGAGGAGGGCAAGAUGGACGACGGCCUGGAGUUCAGCCGCGCCCAAGUCGAAGAGUCGCGCACCGCCAGGGUUAUCCGCAAAUGUGGCUCCCUCUUCAACAAAUUCAUCGUGAAUUUGGACGCUAUGCAGAAUGAAGGCGCCACAGAAGAGUCUGCAAUCAGCACGAUAGACCAAGACGAAAUGAUCAUGUGCUUCGAAGACUUGAUCAACUACUUCGUGCAACCCGAAGACGAUAUCGAACACGAAGAGAAACAGAACAAGUUGAAGGCCUUACGGAAUAGGCAGGACCUUUUCCAGGAAGAGGGCAUCCUCAACUUGAUUCUGGAGACGAUCGACAAGAUCAACACCAUCACCACGUCGGGCUACCUGAUGACCGCCGGAGGGGAGGACGCCGGCCAGAACUGGGACGCCAUCUCGGGCUUCCUCUACCAGCUGCUCGCGGCCAUAAUCAAGGGGAACCACACCAACUGCGCCCAGUUCGCCCAGCCUCAUCGCCUGGACUGGCUUUUCAGCCGUCUCAGCAGCCAGCAGGCCUCCGAAGGCACAGGGAUGCUGGACGUUCUUCACUGCGUGCUCAUCGACAGUCCCGAGGCCCUGAACAUCAUGAAGGAAGACCACAUCAAGGUCAUCAUCUCCCUCCUCGAGAAGCACGGCCGCGACCCCAAGGUGCUGGACGUGCUCUGCUCUCUGUGCGUGACCGGAAAGGGCGUGGCAGUGCGCAGCAGCCAGAACAACAUUUGCGACAACCUACUGCCUGGACGCAACCUACUGCUACAGACGAGGCUGGUUGACCACGUGGCCAGCAUGCAGCCCAACAUAUUCGUGGGGCGGGUGGAGGGGGCGGCCCUGUUCCGGCGCUGGUACUACGAGGCCAUGGUGGACCACUGCGAGCAGCGGAGCCACCUGGAGCCGCACCUGCGCAUCGGGUGGGCCAACACGGCGGGCUACGUGCCCUACCCGGGGGGCGGCUCCAAGUGGGGCGGCAACGGCCUCGGGGACGACCUCUACUCCUUCGGCUUCGACGGGGCCUGCCUCUGGACCGGUGGCCGCAGCAACGCCGUCCGCAACGCUCCGGCGCCCUUCAUCCGCAAGGGCGACGUGGUUGGCUGCAUCAUUGACCUCAACGUACCCGUGAUUAGCUUCACCGUCAACGGCAUCAAGGUGAAGGGCUGCUUUCGCAACUUCAACACCGACGGCAUGUUCUACCCGGCCAUCAGCUUCUCCGCAAAGCUCAGUUGUCGCUUCCUGCUGGGCGGAGACCAGGGCAAGCUGCGCUACGGUCCCCCGGACGGCCACUCAGCCCUGGUGGAGGCCCUCCUGCCGCAGCAGGUGCUGACCGUGGAGCCCUGCUUUCAGUUUGGAGACGUGCCCAAGGGGGUCCUCUUCGGCCCCGCCGCCAUCUCGGACGACGCCGUCUUCGUGCCGGCACCCGUCGACACGUCGGCAAUUGCCCUGCCCAACUACAUUGAGUCGGUGAGGGACAAGCUGGCAGAAAACAUCCACGAGGUGUGGUCGAUGAAGAAGAUUGACGCUGGCUGGAGAUACGCAGAGGUCCGGGACGACAACCGCAACGUGCAUCCGUGCUUGACGUCCUUCGAGCAUCUUCCGCCGGCCGAGAAGAAGUACGACACCACGCUGGCCCUGCAGACGCUCAAAACCAUCCUGGCCCUAGGAUACCAUAUUACAGUGGAUAAACCACCGGCCCGCAUCAAAACCAUCAAGCUUCCGAAUGACCCAUACCUGCAGUCGAACGGGUACAAGCCCGCCCCCCUGGAUGUGGGCGCCAUCAGCCUAACCCCCAAGAUGGAAGAACUGGUCGACCUGCUCUCGGAGAACACCCACAACGUCUGGGCGCAGGAGCGCAUCCAGCACGGCUGGACCUACGGACUCGUGGAGAAUCAGCCAACAAGGCGAAGUCCACACUUGGUGCCCUACAAGACAGUUGAUGACAUCAUCAAGAAGGCCAACAGGGACACAGCCAGUGAGCUGGUGCGUACCCUCCUGGCCUAUGGCUACGUGCUGGAACCUCCGACUGCAGACAGCCUCGAAGGGGCGCAGAGCAAGGUCUCGUCCGUGAAGUACGACCAGCGAACCUAUCGGGCGGAGAGAACCUACGCAGUGACUGACGGGAAAUGGUAUUUUGAGUUCGAAGUGCUCACCCUCGGUGUCAUGAAGGUUGGCUGGGCUGGCCCCAACUUCCUGCCUUCCUGCGAACUUGGGGGAGACGACAACUCAUGGGCAUUCGAUGGCUUCAAGGCUGCCAAGAACCACGCCGGCGGCUCCGAGGUGUACGGGAAGCAGUGGCAGAUCGGGGAUGUCAUUGGCUGCAUGCUGGACCUCCACGACCGCACCAUCAGCUUCUCUCUCAACGGAGAGCUGCUCCUUGACUCAUUGGGUGGAGAGACUGCCUUCUCAGACAUUCCCUGCGGCGAAGGCGCGUCCUACGUGCCAGCGUGCACCUUCGGUAUUGGUCAAAAGGCGAGGCUGGUGUUUGGCCACGACGUCAACCUGCUGCGCUACUUCACCACCUGCGGCCUUCAAGAGGGCUAUCAACCAUUCUGCGUCAACAUGAAUCGCAACAUGACCUUCUGGUACAACAAGGAUGAGGCCGUCUUUGUCAACGUGGACGAUGCAUUCCAUCCGAAUGUUGAAGUCAGCCGAAUUCCUGCAGGAGGGGAAUGCCCUCCUGCCUUGAAGAUCAUCCACAAGUUGUUUGAGUCCGUGGAGAAGGUCAACUACGAGUUUCUCAGGCUCAGUCUGCCGGUGACAUGCCACGACACACUUAUCGAGGAAAUUGAAAAGGAGCAACGCUGGGAAGAGAUCCGCCGCAGGCAGAGGAGAGCACAGGCGGAGAGGAAGAGCAUUCGUCACCCAGCCAACUUGGAGCAGCACAUGCUUCGCAGUGGUUUCAGCAUGUCUGACGUGAAAGAUCUUCAGCGCGGCUAUUCCGAGGACGCGGCCGAAGGGGACGAGAUGCUGCACGUGGAGCACCGUCCGCCGACUCCGCUGCAGCGCCGACGCUCCGUGCACGCCGGGACACUCACCAAGACGCAGUCCUUCGACGCAGCCACCACCCUGCAGGUGCCCGACGGCUCGGGGAGUCGCCUGAGGGCAGCGUCGAGCGAGGAGGCUCUGACCCGGAUCGGACAGCCGCACAAGGGACAGCGCAGCAAGGCCACCACACCGGAGCCCGAAGGCAAAGCCAAGCGCCGGGGCAAGUCUCCCUUCCGCUUCUUUCGGAGCAAGAAGGACGAGAAGGAGGAGAAGGAGCCUGCGCCAGCCCAGCCCGCCCCCGCCGCCCCCAAGGCGCCCACGCCGGCCACACUCGCGCCGCCCAUGCUCACGGUGCGAGCCCCGUCCGUGCAGCGACUCACACCAGCCGGCAGCCAGCUGCUGUGUCCUCCGGUGCCGGACCGACCCAGCGGCCUGGGCGGGGGCGGAAUCCCGCGCACCGGCAGCUCUCGACGCCCCUCCUUGGCCCCGGCCCCGCCUCCCGCGGACGACACCGGGGACCGGCUGGACCCCAGCGUACUUGACCUUGUGGACGAGUACUUCUACGGACUGCGCGUCUUCCCCGGGCAGGACCCUAGUCACGUUUACUGCGGCUGGGUGACGACCACGUACAAGUACCACGACCGGAGCUUCAGCAACGCCAAAGUGCGCAAGGUGGCCUACCACGGGCUCAGCGAGGACGGACUCGUGCACCAAGUUCUGGAGCGGCAGAACUGCUACAUGGUCUGCGCCGGUCAGCUAGCUACAGAGAUUAGCCAUGGUGAAGCCGGCAGUCGAUCUGCCAACCAGGGCAUGUAUGUAGGUUGUCACAUCGAUCUCGCCACUGGCAUGCUCACGUUCAGCGCUGAUGGCCACAUAACCCGGCACCGCUUCAAGAUGGAGCCCGGCACCAAGCUGUACCCUGCGGCCUUCUUCGAGGCGACCAGCAAGGAGGUGCUUCAGUUCGAGCUGGGCCACACCCCUACCACUCUGCCCCUGUCUGCGGCUCUGCUGCACAACACCAGCAGACAUCUCACCCCUCAGCUGCCACCCAGGCUGAAGGUGCAGUGCGUGCAACCGUACGUGUGGGCCCGCGUGCCCAACGUGUCGCUGCGGCCGCACGCCCUGCGGCUCUCCGAGGUGCGUGGCUGGAGCAUGCUCUGCGAGGACCCCGUGUCCAUGCUGGCCCUCCACAUCCCCGAAGAGGACCGCUGCAUAGACAUCCUCGAACUCAUCGAGCACGAGCGCCUACUCAACUUCCACGCGCACACGCUGUCCCUGUACGGGGCGCUGUGCUUCCAGGGCAACCACCGGGCGGCCCACAUGAUCUGCUCCCACGUGGACGAGAAGCAGCUCAUGUACGCCAUCCAGGCCGAGUACCUGUCGGGGCCUCUGCGCACGGGCUUCACCGACCUGCUCAUUUCCCUGCACCUCGAGUUCCACGCCUACGCCAGGAGCCUCACCCAGAACGAGUUCAUUGUGCCCUUGGGCCCGGACAUAAGAGAACUGUACCAGGACCCCCUCAAGGCCCACUCGUUCACCACGCUGGAGUGCAUCUCCAUACGGCCGGAGAUGUCCUUCUCGGAGACCAGAGAGCAAGUGGACUCCAUCGCAGACCUGAGCACUCCCUACUUCCCAGUGGACGCCCUGAAACAGUUUGUUAUCGAAGCGCUGGCCGACGCCGUCAAGAAGGACAGCCGCCCGAACAGAGACCCCAUUGGCGGAAGCAACGAGAACUUGUUUGUGCCCCUGCUGAAGCUCGCAGACAAGCUUCUGCUGGUGGGUCUGCUCGACGACGAGGACUUGCAGUGGCUGCUCUAUCUGCUCGACCCCGAAACUUUCGACCCCAACUACCGGAACGCCGGCAAUGGCGGCGCCCUGGGGCUGAUAGACAUGCAGGUGGCCGAGGGGGUGAAGCUGCAGAUCUGCUACAUCCUGCACCACCUGUGCGACCUACAGAUGCGCCACCGCGUGGAGGCCAUCGUGUCCUUCUCGGAUGACUACGUGGGAAACUUGCAGACGGAUCAACUACGCCGGUACAUUGAAAUCAAGCAGUCUGACCUUCCAUCGUCUGUCGCUGCCAAGAAAACCAGGGAAUUUCGCUGCUCACCCAAGGAACAGAUGCGAGCCAUCCUGGGGUUCAAGCACCUGGAGGAGGAGAACUGGGACCAGUGCCCGUGUGGGGAGGGCCUGCGAGAGGUGCUGAGCAGCAUGCACGCGGACCAGCUGAGCAGGCUCAAGGUGGCCACGGCCGCCGAGGAGGAGGCGCCCGAGAAGGAGGCCGACGGGGACCGGUCCCUGCGCCAGCGCCUCAUGCACCUCGUCAGCCUCGUCAGGGCCUCCGAGGAGGAGUCCGGAGGCGGAGAGGAACGCGUCACUCUGCCCGAAGAGAUCUUCACGAAGAAGGUGGUCCACAUUGUGGUGAAGUGGGCAGAGCAGUCCGAGUUUGAGAACCGGGAGGUGAUCCGGCAGAUGUUCCGCCUGCUGCUGCGCAUCUACAGCUCGGUGUCGGAGCUGAUGAACGCCCUAGAGAACACGUACGUCAUCAGCCACAUGAGCAAGUCAGACAUCAUCAGCGUGCUCAGCCACCUGGGCAAGGUGAGGGCCCUGCUGCCCGUUCAGAUGUCUUCGCAAGAAGAGGAGGUGAUGCGCAAAAGUCUCUGGGCCCUGGUGAACAACCGCAUCUUCUUCCAACACCCGGACCUGAUCCGGAUUCUGAGGGUUAACGAGAACGUGAUGGACGUGAUGAUCAACACCCUGGGCAAGCGCGCCCAGACCCAGUCCUCGGGGCAGGCGCCGCCCGCUGCCGCCCCGGCCCCCGCCUCCACCCCGGGGCAGGCCGCCGAGGCACCCCACGCCAACAAGGACACCUCCCACGAGAUGGUGGUGUCGUGCUGCCGCUUCCUGUGCUACUUUUGUCGCACCAGUCGCCAGAACCAGAAGGCCAUGUUCGACCACCUGGACUUCCUCCUAGAGAACAGCAACAUUCUGCUCUCCCGACCGUCGCUGCGAGGCUCGACGCCGUUGGACGUGGCGUACAGCUCGCUGAUGGAAAACUCGGAGCUGGCCCUGGCCCUGCGAGAGCACUACCUGGAAAAGAUUGCGGCGUAUAUGUCGCGCUGCGGGCUCCAGUCCAACCUGGAGCUCAUCGACAGGGGCUACCCGGACGUGGGCUGGGACCCCGUGGAAGGGGAGCGCUACCUCGACUUCCUGCGCUUCUGCGUCUGGGUCAACGGGGAGAGCGUUGAGGAGAAUGCGAACCUGGUGAUCCGCCUGCUCAUCCGGCGUCCCGAAUGUCUCGGCCCCGCGCUGCGUGGGGAAGGCCCAGGGUUGCUCGACGCCAUCCGAGAGGCGGUCCGCAUGUCGGAGCAUAUUGUGGCGGAGCGACAGCAGCAGGCGCAGGCCCAGGGUGCAGCGGCUGACGAGGAGGAGUCGGAAGACGACAUUGACAUGGGAGCGGCUAUCUUGAACUUCUACUGCACUCUGGUGGACUUGCUGGGCCGAUGUGCACCUGAGGCGGCCACCAUCGCGCAGGGCAAGAACGAAUGCGUGCGCGCUAGGGCCAUCCUGCGCUCCCUGGUGCCUCUGGACGACCUGCUCGGGGCCCUUAGCCUGCGGUUCACCCUGCAGACUCCGCGCAAGGGGGAGUCAGGCAAGACGAAAAGCGACCUGCCCCCUGGACUGCAACCGAACCACAAGCAGUCUAUCGUCAUGUUUCUGGAGAGAGUGUACGGGCUGGAGAAUCAGGACAUAUUCUUCCGUCUGCUGGAGGACGGCUUCUUGCCCGACCUUCGGGCCGCCACCAUGUUGGACCGGACGGACAACACAGAGAGCGACAUGGCCCUGGCGCUGAACCGGUACAUCGGCAACUCGGUGCUGCCCAUGCUGAUCCAGUACUACAGCUACUUCAGCAACGCGGAGAACUACGCCAGCCUGCUGGACGCCACGCUCCACACCGUGUACCGGCUUUCCAAGGUCAAGAUACUCACCAAGGGACAGCGGGAGAAGGUCUCCGAUUUCCUCGUGGCCCUUACAAGAGAAAUGCAGCCGAGCAUGCUCCUGAGGCUACUUCGAAAGCUGACGGUAGAUGUUUCCGUCAUCACCGAGUACACAACUGUCGCUCUUAGGCUGCUGACAUUGCACUACGAGCGCUGCAAGAGCUACUACAGUGCCAGCGGAGGGCAGGGAGCCUACGGGACGGCGUCGGAAGAGGAGAGGAGGCUCACCAUGCUCCUCUUCACCAACAUCUUCGACUCCCUCUCAAAAAUGGAGUACGACCCCGAGCUGUUCAGCAAGGCCCUGCCGUGCCUGACGGCAAUUUCUUGCGCCCUUCCGCCCGACUACUCGCUCACUGAGGGCCAGGAUGACGACUGGUGCAAGCAGGGCACCCACACCUCAGGCCCCUACGUGCCGGAGCCGGUCAACACCAGCGGGAUUCAGCUGAGCCAGGACUUGCACAAUAUUGUGCAGAGGUUUUCGGAACACUUCCACGACGCGUGGGCUACUCGUAAGAUGGAACGUGGCUGGCAGUACGGAGAACGCUGGAACGACGACGUGAAAACACACCCAAGACUGAAGCCCUACAACCUUCUUACUGACUAUGAAAAAGAGCGGUACCGGGACCCCAUCCGAGAGCUGCUCAAGGCGCUGCUGGCUUUCGGCUGGAAGCUGGAGCUGACGGACUCCUCGCAGCGCUCCGCUGCUCCCAUCGCUGCCCAAGCGCCAUCUCCGAUGGCCUACAUGCCAACCCCCGUGGAUAUGUCCACCCUGACGUUGAACAAAGACAUGAUGACCAUGUCGGAACGUCUUGGAGAGAAUACCCAUGACAUCUGGGCGAAAAAAAUGAAAGAGGAGUUGGAGGCCGUUGGGGGUGGUAUCCACCCACAGCUUGUGCCGUAUGACCUGCUGACGGAUCGUGAGAAGUACAAGAACCGCGACAGGGCUCAGGAGUUCCUCAAGUUCCUUCAGUACGAGGGAUACCGCCUCUCCAGCAAGAUGACCCGGCGGCGCGAGCGUGGCGGUGCCCCCAGCGAGGAGCCCAUGUCGCCCGCGGUAGGCGCGGCGCAGGGCCUGGAGCGGCGCUUCGCCAGCCUGCUUCUGGAGAAGCUGCUGCAGUACCUGGACGUGGCCGCCAUCAACCUGAAGGUGCUUCGCCCCAGCAUCCCCUUCAGCCGCAGGAACAGCUUCAAGGCCUCCAGCAGGGACGUCAAGUUCUUCAGCAAGGUGGUUCUCCCGCUGAUGGAAAAGUGCUUCGUGGCCCACCGUGCCUUUUUCCUCAUGUCACCCACGGCCACCUCGACCGUGGGCACGGCCACCAUACGAGAAAAGGAGAUGGUCGCCAGUCUCUUUUGCAAGCUGGGUGGUCUUCUGAGGGCCAAGUUCAGCGUGUUCGGGAAUCAAUCCAAGAUCACAGUCUCCUGUCUCCAGGUGCUGAUUCGAGCCACCGACGCCAGGACCAUCGUGAAGAACUGCCCGGACUUCGUUAAGACGUCGAUGAUGACGUACUUCAACAACGCGGCGGACGACCUGGCCCAGACGCUGUUGAACCUAGAGCAGGGGCGCUACAGCCACCUGCGGGGCACCACCAUGAAGACCUCCUCGUCGCUAAACUACGUCCAGUUCGUGCUGCUGCCCGUGCUCACCGCCGUCUUCGAUCACCUGGCCGCCAACGAGUUCGGCAGCGAUCUCCUGCUGGACGACAUUCAAGUGGCAUGCUACAAGAUUCUAAACAGUCUGUACACCCUGGGCACCAGGACUGAUCUGCACGGGGGAAGGAGCUUUGUGAAGGCCGAACUGGAGCGGCACCGACCGGCGUACGGCAACUGCCUGGGGGCGUUUGCUGCCACUUUUCCUGUUGCCUUUCUGGAGCCGUCACACAACAAGCACAACCCUCACUGUAUCCACGGCAAGGCCCAGGAACACUCUCUCGAGGCACAGGCUGUGAUGGCCACACUGGAGUCGAGCAUGCCUACUUUGGACGACCUGAUGGGACAGGUGGAGAAGUUUGUGACUGCCAACGGGAAGUACUCUGAACAACCCUACAUCAUUGAGGUGAUGCUUCCCAUGCUGUGCAGCUACUUGCCAUUUUGGUGGAGCCAAGGACCAGACAAUGUUAAUCCGACCACUGGGAAUCACGUGACGAUGGUGACAAGCGACCACUUGACGAACCUGCUCAGAAACAUCCUGAACCUGCUGAGAAAGACGGUCUCGGUCGAAGGUUCACCCUGGAUGAUCACCUUUGCAGGCCACGCCGGACAAAUAGUGAUCAACUCCUCGGAGGAACUUUUGCGUGAUCCGAUCCUGCCGCUCAUGGAGAAGAUCCAACACAGCGCUGACCUGGUGUUCCACAAGGAGGAGUGCAUGCGAAGCUACCUCAAGUCCAGCACUGACGACACUUCACAGGCAGAAGGGCAGCUGCAAGAGGAGUUUACUCUUCUCGUCAGGGACAUCUAUGCAUUCUUUCCACUUCUAAUUAAAUAUGUGGACCUCCAAAGAAACCAUUGGUUGAAGAAUAAUGUCAAAGAAGCGGAGCUAGUGUACACUCGUGUGGCACACGUGUUCAACAUCUGGAACAAGUCACAGUAUUUCCGGAGGGAGGAGGCGAACUUCAUCUCCCAGCACGAGAUCGACAACAUGGCCCUGAUCAUGCCGUCCUCGGGCCGCGGAAGGGCCAGCGUGCAGACCACGGACGCCAGCCAAAGUCAGAAGAAGGAGAAGAAAAAAAAGCGGGAUGGCAAGAGGGACAAGGACAAAGAGUUGGCGGCCAGCCUGGUGGUAGCAUGCCUCAAGCGUCUGCUUCCCGUGGGCCUCAACCUGUUUGCGGGACGCGAGCAGGAGCUCGUCCAGCACGCCAAAGAGAAGUUCCUCAACAAAGACCAAGACGUUGACAUCUUCGAUUAUGUGAAGCUUCAACUUACUCUUCCGGACAAAAUUGACCCCAGCGAUGCCAUGAGCUGGCAGCACUACCUGUACAGCAAGCUCGGCAGCCAGCGUUCCUCGGGCAGUCAGAUUGUCCCGGCACAGGUGUCACAUGACCAGCUAGUCGAACGCAUCAUGGACAUGGCCAAGGUUCUCUACGGCCUUCACAUGAUCGACCACCCACAAGGCUCCAUGAAGGGGGUGUACCGCAGUGUAGUUUCUACGCAACGGAAGCGAGCCGUGAUUGCCUGCUUCCGCAUGAUUUCUCUGCACAGCCUUCCCAGGCACCGCGCCAUCAAUAUCUUCCUGAAGAUCUACAAAGAGCUCUGGCUAGAAGACGAGAAUGUGGGACAAGAGGAGCUCAUAGACCACCUUACAACAACCUUCGAGGAUUCGGAGAAGGAGACUUCGACGGAGGAAGCCGAAGAGAAGCCGGAUCCCCUGGUGCAGCUGGUCGUGGCCUUCUCCCGAACGGCCACCACGGAGCACAGUGGCGUAAUACCGGAAGAUCCUUUGUACAUGCAGUAUGCCUUCAUAUUCAGUCAGAGCUGUGGGGGAGCGGAAGAGGAGGAGGAGGAAGAGGAGGGGGACGACGAUGCUGGACCUUCCAUUCACGAGCAAGAGCUGGAGAAGCAGCGCCUGCUCUUCCACCAGGCGCGUCUGGCCAGCCGGGGAGUGGCGGAGAUGGCCCUGCUGUACAUCUCUGCCUGCAAGGGCGCUCAAGGUCCCAUGGUGAUGGAGACGUUGAAACUUGGAAUCUCACUUCUCAAGGGAGGAAACCAGGAAGUGCAAGUGCGCAUGCUGCAGCACCUGAAAGAGAAGAGAGAUGUCGGGUUCUUCACUUCCAUUGCGGGUCUCAUGAAUUCUUGCAGUGUGCUGGACCUGGACGCGUUUGAGCGCACUCAGAAGGCGGAGGGCCUGGGCGUGGGCUCGGAAGGCACGGCGGGAGAGAAGAACAUGCACGACGCCGACUUCACCUGCGCCCUCUUCCGAUUUCUUCAACUCCUCUGCGAGGGGCACAACCUGGAAUUUCAGAACUACCUCAGGACGCAGGCCGGCAACACCACAACAGUGAAUGUUGUUAUCAGCACCGUUGAUUACUUGCUCAGGUUGCAGGAAUCUGUCAUGGACUUCUACUGGCAUUACUCAAGUAAAGAAGUUAUUGACCAACCUGGCAAGGACAACUUUUGCCGGGCCAUAACUGUAGCAAAACAAGUUUUCAACACUCUCACUGAGUUUAUACAGGGUCCCUGCUCCUUGAACCAGCAGGCCUUGGCACACAGUCGUCUCUGGGACGCAGUCGGCGGCUUCCUCUUCCUCUUCGCCCACAUGCAGGACAAGCUCUCCAAGAAUUCCAGUCAGUUGGACUUGCUCAAAGAGCUUCUGGAACUACAGCAGGAAAUGAUCAUUAUGAUGCUCAGCAUGCUGGAAGGAAACGUCAUGAAUGGCACCAUUGGAAAGCAAAUGGUAGACACACUUGUGGAAUCGGCAUCAAACGUGGAGAUGAUUCUACGCUUCUUUGACAUGUUCUUGAAACUCAAGGAACUGACCUCAUCCAGCUCAUUCCAGGAAAUAGAUUCCAAUAACUCUGGCUGGAUUACUCCCAAAGAUUUUCAGAAAGCAAUGGAGCAACAGAAGAUAUACAAUCCAGAUGAGAUUGCCUUUUUGAUGAGCUGUUGCGAGCCAAACAUUGAUGAUUUGAUCGACUACCGGGAGUUCACCGAGCGUUUCCACAACCCCGCCAAGGAUAUCGGAUUUAAUGUGGCUGUACUAUUGACAAACCUUUCUGAACACAUGCCGAACGACCCAAGGCUUCACCGUUUCCUGGAGACCGCUAGCAGCGUGUUGAACUAUUUUGAGCCAUUCUUGGGACGCAUUGAGAUUAUGGGUGGCAGCAAAAGGAUUGAAAGAGUUUACUUUGAAAUCAAGGAGUCCACAAUUGACCAAUGGGAAAAACCUCAAAUAAAGGAAUCAAAGCGGGCCUUCUUCUAUAGCAUUGUCACCGAGGGAGGAGACAAGGAGAAACUAGAAGCAUUUGUGAACUUCUGCGAAGAUGCAAUAUUUGAGAUGCAGCAUGCAAGCAGCAUAUCCAACGAAGACACCGAGGAACCUCCAGCGAAGGCCGAACCUUACACGUUUCUGGGAGCAGAGGAGUCGAGGCCUCCGGGUCCGAUGGAGCCACUGAAGCAGGGCUUCUGGCUGCUGCGGGACGCUAUAGGGGCACUGCUGUCGGUACUGCGGCCCUCCUACCUGAAGCGCCAGUUCCAGGCGCUUCGUCGAAAGAGCCUGGGAGAACUCCUCAUGGGCCUGUUCCGCUUCUCCUUCUUCGGCUUCUUCUACGUCAUCUGGCUGGGCCUCCACUGCUCCAAGAGCCUAGUGGGAAUCAUCAUCCGCCUGAUGGGAGGCCAACCGCUGGCCGGGGACACUCUGCCAGAAGAGGACAUUUCCAAGGGGGCGCUGCUGCUGCCCCAGAGGCCCCUUGCCGCCCUGGAAGGCAUCCCGAGCCAGAUGGGCUCUCUCCCGGCGGACGCAGAGACCCCGACGCACGCGAGGGUAUCCGGUCACGAAGCCAACAAGCUGGAUGAGGACGGCGAUCUCAAGCACAACGCCCCCAAAGCACCUAUGAGCCCUCAGGCAAGCACAGACCUGGCUGACCAGGACCAAGUGGGAGACGAGGAACACGCCAAGGGAGCACCCGGAGUCAAGUCACCAGAUGGUGAACUUCCCGACGGUCUGACUGCCGACGGACAGAUAAGCCAUCUGGAUGGAGAUAUCAAGCUGAAAGACAUGGAGCAGCUCCAAGGAAGCAUGGAUGCCAAGCGUGCGCUGCCGGGCCCCGAGGCCAUGCCCCCGUCCCCCCUGCUGAUGCCCCCCAUGGCCUCCCCUGAGGCAGCUAAGCCCUCCGAAACCCCCCCUGUGGCCGCCAUCGACCUCAGCGAGUACAGCCAGAAGAUUGUGAGUUUCCUGGCCCGCAAUUUCUACAACAUGAAGUACAUUGCCCUGGUCUUGGCAUUCUUUAUCAACUUUAUUCUGCUGUUUUAUAAGGUGACUACGGGUGAGGAAGAUGCCGACGCAGGCAGUGGCAGUGACGACGAAGCAGAGCCCGCCUCGACCGUCGGCAAUGGCCUGGCCGACCUGUUGAGCAACGCGACGGAGGCCGUGGCCUCUGGUUCAGACAGCGAGGACGAAGACCUGGAGGAGUGGGUCAUCAUUGAGGAGAAGUUCUUCUACCUAGAACCGGUCAUCCGCUUCAUGGCCUUAUUCCACUCCCUGGUCUCCUUCUGCAUGCUCAUCGCAUACUACCACCUCAAGGUUCCCUUGGCCAUCUUCAAGCGAGAAAAGGAAGUAGCACGUGCCAUGGAGUUUGACGGCCUCUACAUCAGCGAGGAACCGGCCGAAGACGAUAUACGCACCCGCUGGGACAAGCUGGUCAUCAGCACCAAGUCCUUUCCUGUGAACUACUGGGACAAAUUUGUCAAGAAACGGGUGCGACAGAAGUACUCUGAAACGUACGACCCAGAGGCCCUGAGCAACGUCCUGGGCAUGGACAAAAGUGGCUCCUUCUCGCAGGAACAGGAAGAGUCCGGAGGCCUGAUUCCCUUCAUUACAAAUGCAGACUGGAAAUACCAGAUCUGGAAAUCCGGAGUCACAAUCACCGACAACUCGUUCCUGUACAACCUGUGGUACUUCCUGUUUUCGGUGAUGGGCAACCUGAACUACUUCUUUUUUGCGGCACACCUGCUCGACGUGGCCGUGGGCUUCAAGACCCUGCGCACCAUCCUGCAGUCGGUCACCCACAACGGGAAGCAGCUGGUGCUAACGGUGAUGCUUCUCACCAUCAUCGUCUACAUCUACACUGUGAUUGCAUUCAGCUUCUUCAGGAAGUUCUACAUACAGGAGGAAGACGAUCAAGUCGACCCCAAGUGCCACAGCAUGCUCUCGUGUUUCGUGUUCCACCUGUACAAGGGUGUACGAGCCGGUGGUGGCAUUGGUGACGAAAUCGGCCCGCCUGACGGCGACGACUACGAAGUCUACCGCAUAAUUUUCGACAUCACCUUCUUCUUCUUUGUCAUCGUCAUUCUGCUCGCAAUCAUCCAAGGUCUCAUCAUUGACGCCUUUGGCGAGCUGAGAGACCAACUUCAGAGCGUUGUCGAUGACAUGGAGUCAAACUGCUUCAUCUGUGGAAUCGGCAAAGACUACUUUGACAGAGUCCCGCACGGCUUCGACACCCAUGUACAAAAGGAGCACAAUCUGGCCAACUACAUGUUUUUCUUGAUGCAUCUGAUCAACAAACCUGACACGGAGUACACCGGUCAAGAGACGUUCGUGUGGGAGCUGUACCAGAAGCGCUGCUGGGACUUCUUCCCCGUGGGCGACUGCUUCAGGAAGCAGUACGAGGACGAGCUGAUGGGCGCCGGUUAACGGGGCACUACAGAUCUCCGCGGGAACGCGCUCAUUUUCAGUCUUAUUGUUCCCAUCCCUGUGCUCGGCUCUAGAACCCCGAGAAGUCUUUAGGGUCCCGACAGCCGAACCUCUGUUUUUGUGUUUCUGAGCUUGCAAUGCGGUCGUUACCCUUGUUGCGUUGGCAGUGAGUGCUCUCCUGAAAUUGGUCAAUCCUGUGACACUAUCAGCAGCGGACGAGGUAGCUGCAUUUUCGCCCUUUAAAUCUAACUAACACGAAUGACAAGACAUAUUGCUCCUGUGUUUCGAUGAACAAACUCCAAAGGACGACAACACUUCAAGAGUGUAGGUUUGUUGCGGUGCAGCGUUUGCGUGUUUGUUGGCAUUUUUUGUAUUUAUUUGCAAUAAACUUUCCUCGGUUCGAACAUCAAUA